UUCUUUUUUCUUUCUUUAAACAAUUUUCCAUGCGCCGCGCCUCUUCUUUCAAGUCAGCAGAGGGUGAUUUUACGCGCCGGAGUGGGAAGAAUAACAUCAUGUUAGAUGAAAUGUGGUGCGUCUCUUUUGUGCGCCGUCUGUUACCGCCGUUGUGAAUGUGAUGCCGGGUCUGCAGUCAAACACAGAUGACUUGAACCGGGCGGCACAGGCGGUUGCAACUACAGCACUUGUUCCAUAAAGAGAAGACUUAUUGAUAACCAUGGCUGACCAGUACAGUAUGUUUCUCACCACGGCACCCCCCCUCCGGCGAGGGAGCACACCCCUGCCUGUCAAACACCAGCUGCGGAGGGAAGAGGCCGUAUCUGAGGACUGCGAUUGGAUCCCGGGCUUGGAAGAACCUGCCACGUUGCCUAUUAGUGACACAGCGGUGCCUCGGGAUGAGUCCUUCAGUCAGUCGGCGGUCGCCCAGGCGGCUUACCACAGCCAUGGCGGGGCUUUGAGAAUAGUGCUUCUGGGACAGAAUGGCGUGGGCAAAUCAUCGCUGGCCUUAUCUCUGGCUGGGCAGUCGGACAGAUCCCUCUCUAUAGACUCUGAGACACAAGCAUGUGGUGAGGGCUAUGAGUGCACAGUGACAGUUGACGACGAGGACAGCAAAGUCAUAAUUUUCGACAACUGGAAACAGGACCUGUCCACUUUACAGUGCGAUGUGUGUAUCCUGGUCUUCUCAGUGACUGACAGGCGAAGUUUCCACCGCACCGCCCAGCUCCGCCUCCUCCUCAGGGAGUCCCAGCCACACACACCAAUCAUCCUGGUGGGCAACAAGAGCGACCUGGUCCGCUCCCGUGAAAUCAGCUCAGAGGAGGCCCAAUCCAGCGCCAUGAUGUUUGACUGUCUCUACCUGGAGCUCUCAGCCUCCCUGGACCACGGCACCAACGAGCUGCUGGAGGCGGCGGUUCGGACUGCAAGGGGCGACUGUGUGGGUCCCGGCUGGACCGACGGGGACCCCGGGUCAGGUCGCAGGGAGAGCCUAACCAGCCGGGCCAAACGCUUCUUGGCGGGGCUGGUACCGCGGUCGUACGGCCGAGACCGGGACCGGGAUAGGGGACGCUACCGGGAGAUGAGCCGUCACCGGGGUAGCAAGAUCCUCCGCCAGAAGUCUCGCUCCUGCCACGACCUCAGUGCACUGUGACACACACAUGCGUACACGCAAGCAAAGAGACACACUCCCACACAUGUACAAACACACUGGAUGGAAAGAUAUGAAGGAGGGGUGAAAGAUGGAGGAGGCGAAGAGGUCAAAUGGAAGAUAGUAGGGAGGAGCAGAUGAUUACAUGGAGGGUCUAGGAGGUGAGUGAGAAAAUUAGAGGGAUAAAAGGAUACAAAUUUAGCAAUGGCAGAUAAAGGUCAAGGGUGGAGAAAGGGGGUGGGGGGGGGUCACAAGUAAACACAUAAUCAAGUAGCACGCACUGAUUAUAUAGAGACUGAUAGCAAUCUAAUGUAAACCUAUUGUAGACCUUGUUUUAUAGCAUGCCGAGUAGACGAUAUAAGACAUGACCCUGUAGGUUUUACAAUUACAUGAUACUGGAUUUACCGUACCUCAGUGGCCAAUAGCUAAUGCACAAUCUAGCUAGUGUCUCUAGCAAUGCCAUCAAAGGCAUGACCCUUUAUUUACUAGCCACAACCUUCAAACUGCAUCCACCUUUUGUUUCCCGUACUGAUUUAAAGAAGUGUUUGAUACCACCAAUGGCAUAUAUUCAUCUGUGACUUUUAUACAAAGCUAAAGACAUCAGCGCCCAAGCCAUAUUUCCGCUGAAUGCAUCACCAGUGAUCAGCACAAAGAACCCUUUACCGUAGGAUGUGGAGCGAAAGAAAAAAGGUCAAAACUCCUAUAAAGAAUGAGACGUUAACAAGGAUGACCGGACUGAACUUUUCUCCAGUUGAAGCUGAGUCACAGAACACUGGGGUGUUCUUGAAGCACAGGAGGACAAACGAGAGAAAACCUAAAAUCUACCUGUGGCUGUUUGAUGUUUUCAUUUUUCUCUUUUUACCCUCUGGCAUUAACCAUGUGUGUGGAGACUGAAUUCUGUGGGGGCUGGCCACACAGGUGACCCAAAAGAGAACGUUCUGGAAACGUUGCUUGGAUAUCUCGUCAAGCGUGGCGGCGUCACUUACACAUGCUCACUCGUUUGUCACCGUCUACUAAACACUGUCAUCUUUCCACUGAGAAUAAAAUUUUUGUUUGAC